ACCAAAUUGAGGGAACAGAAUUAAAAUUGAUUGUUGGCCGCAUGUUUUUCUUUCUUUAAUUGGUGUUUCUUUUCAAUUAAUUGUAAUUUAAUUGGGUAAUUAUAUCAUUCGUUUGGAAUAUUUUAUCCAUUUUUAAUUGGAAUUCACUUUUAAUCUACAUUAAGUCUAUUCUAAAUUAAUUCAACUCUUUAUUUUUUUUGUUCUCUUCUUUAAUUUUUCAUUUAUCUUUCUCUUUCUUUUCUUUCCUUCUCUCUCUUUCUCUUUUACCUCCUCUGCCUCUGUGUGAUUUUUUUUCUCUCUUCACAACAACAAUAUCAACAACUGCUAACUUUGAAUCUCUUUCUCUCUCUGUGUCUCUUUUUUGUACUCACUAAAUCUCUUUUGUCCUCUUCUCCUGUGUGUUUGACUUUCCUUGGUCUCGCCUGUGUCUCUUCAAUAGUGAUAUUGGAUUUAGAUUAUCACUUUGCUGCAUUUCACUUAACCCUCCGCUCGUACCGGUUAACUUUUUUUCUUUUUUCAAAAAUCUCCAUUUAAAUCUAUCACCAUUGAUUCCAACAGUGACUGUAGUUAUACCAAUUAUAAUCAAAUGGGUGACGAUGAAGGUGGACAUCAUUCCCAAGGAUCUUCCAUCAAACCAACUAUUGAAAGAGGUGCGAGUUGGUCUUACAGUGAGACAAGAAUUUUACUCUCCUUAUGGGGACAAGAUCUGGUACAAAGACAGUUAACUAAUUCUAAAAGAACUCGCCAUGUUUGGGAAAAGAUCGCUGAAAGAAUAAAAGAACAUGGCUACGAGCGAACAGCAGAUCAAGUUAGAACACGGGUUUUCAAUAUGAUAGCUGAAUAUCGAAGGAUUUUGAAAAAUCCUACAGCAGAAAGGAAGAAAAAAUGUAUAUUUUUUGAUGCUCUACAUAAAAUUUAUCAAGCUAAAGAUGCCAAUGGAGUUAAGGCUGCACUUAACUAUGAUGAUGAUUAUGACCUAGAACCACUUGAUCUGGGACCUGAUGAUGGUAUGGACGGCGAUGAUCGUGUGGACAGCGGUGAGGAGGGCGAUGAUCUAUUCUCAUAUACCAUGUCCCCUAAUUCUAAUGGAGUCAGUGAAAGACAAGGAACCUCCACUAAUUACAGGGAACCUUCUGCAUCUACUUCUACGCAUAAUUUGGACAAAUCUAGAAAUCUUGAUCAUGAUGAUGAAGACGACGAAUUACCUCAUACAAGUCGGGAAGAUUCGGGUAACCCUGCAAAAAGACUUAGAUCCGAUUCAAAUCCUUCUGCAUUCUAUCAACAUUCUUCUAAUGGUAAUCAAGCUAAUGCAAAUUACGAAGCACCUCCAACAGCUUCGGCUCUUCUUAUUGACAGAAUAUUCAAACACUUGACCAAAGAGACCGAAGUGAUGCGCGAAUGGAUUAGCUUGGAAAAAGAACGCUUCGAACGUGAAGCUAGUCGACGAAAAGAGGAGAAUGAACGAGAAGAGAGAAGAGAAAAGGCUUUUCUCGAUACGCUUAUGAAAAUGCAAGAGCACACAUUCAAACUUCUUUCAUGCUUUAAUGCUGAUAAAAGUCCUACCCCUAAAUCUAACUCAGCAUCAGAGACUUCGACAACUUAUAUGAAUGAAACUACACCACCACCAACAUCAACAACCACACCAAUACCACAAAGAAGUUAUUCUGGAACCAGGUCUACCACCAAACAACAACAACAACAACAACAUAUGCUAUGUUAAAAUGAAGCAAAUUUUUGAAACCAUAAAGAAACACUUCCUCCACGAUGAAUCAACUUAAUCCUGAUGGCGAUUUAUAUACAAACCUUUCAUCAUUAUUGCAAAGGAACCAAACAUUACGUUGGACUGAGUUAUCCCAUCUCAAUCGGAAGGUUUAAAGAGACAAAAAGCUGUGACCUUUCACAAUCAAAGGAUGAAAUCUUCUACCUCUCUCUCUCUCUAUCUCUCAAGAAACUCGAAGAUUACCUAAGCAUCACAACCAGCGACAUUUGUUUUCAACUAAUUAGUUGUCACUAUUAAUACCACAAGUAAUCUAACUUCUAUUCUUUUGCAAAUAACCUCACUUCUCUAUUCCUUUCCAAUGAUACCUCUCAACUAACUGUAGUUUUCAUCAUCCACACAAUGGAUUCCACAAUUACCUUGCUUUUCUUCCCUUCUCACUCUUUUCGUUCAUCGUAAACACUGAAUUUUAUUUAUUACAACACAUCCAUUUCUCUAUGUAGUAUAAUCAUUUGACUUUUUCCUUUCAAGAGCUCAGUUUCAUUCACGACAAACCAUAAACACAAAUACACUACACACAAUCAUGUCUUCAUAUUUUCCGUCGAUCAAAAAUACUCUCAUUUCUUUGUGCUCUCCAUCUCUCUCUCUCUCUCUCUCUCUCUCUCUUUAUCUUCACCUUUAAUCAUUUUUUUCUUUUCACUUAAACAUUUUGCCAUUAAUUUUUUUUUCUAAAAGUGAUGAUUUCCAUGUUUCCAUUGGAAUGACGAAUUAUUUUCUAAUUCUUACAGCCACCACACUCGUUUUUUUUUCGUUUAACUAAAUCUUCUGUUCCUCGAAUGAUUUCCUUCAAGUUUCUCAUCAUGGAAAUUAUCAUCAUCAACAUCAUCAUCAUCACCUUUUUUGUCCUCCUUAAUCAUUUUUGUUUUCAACUUUCACCUUCUAACAUGAAAACUAAAACGAUAAACAAACAAAACACAAAAAUCCAAUAACAAUAAUAUUAAUUCAAUUAAAGGAAAAACAAA